UAUUUUCUGCAAACAAGAAGACAUCAAUGUCUUAUGUUGGAAUUGAUGACAUCCACAUUUAUGGAAAAUCAGAAGUAACUACAUCAAGUUCUGUCACCAAUACUGCCUUUAUUACAAACCUUACUUCACCUUCAACUAAGGAUGCAGGAUUAAUAACUACUACAACAAAGCUAGGAAAAGAAAGAUCAACCAAACAGAUGCCGUUACUGACAACUGUACAUCAGAAACAUAUCUCAACAGAUUUGAAAUUUACCAAGAACAAACCUUCAUCCACCGAACAUUCAUUUUCACCAUCUACCUUACAAUCAACGUUUAUACCUACAUCAAGUUCUGUAAGCACUUAUGCAGUUGUACCAAUGUCCACAACCGCUACCACCAUCAUUACAUCAAAUUUAGAAACUUCUAAUACUGGUCAAACCGAAAUAAAGAAAGCAUCCAAGCAGACAACUGUACAGCAAACGCAUUUUUCAACAACUUCGACCCAUACCGAGAUAAACACGCCAUCUACAUCCUAUUCAACGCCAAGUAAGCACGUGACGAAGAAGAAACCUACAACAGAUAAAAAGAAAACUACUUUGAAUAAACACGAUAGUAAAACCACAGACCAGAGUACUACACCAUAUAUAAUACAAGUGACAAAUAAGAGAUUGACCACCAAAAAGAAUAAAGCGACAAAAUCUGACGCUAACAACUCUGAAUACAUAAGUAAGGGGGCACAGGCAGGUAUCGGUAUAACUGUAGCUUUGUUAGGUGUAGGACUUGUGGUGGCUAUACUUUUUAUAAUGAAGAAGAAAAUUAGCACGAUAGGUCAAGGAGAUAAAUUUAAUAAGAAUGAAAUUCAAAUGGAAAGCAAAUAUACAAAGACAGAAACUAACAUAAAUGGCGACACAAAAUACGUUAUAGAAAAUAGCGUUAUUCAUACAGACAAUCAAACUCCAUGGACAUCAACUGAUCCAUUAUGUAAGCAGUGAGUAAAAAGAUCAAAUACAGUGUCUUGAAAUCCGUCCAUUUUUUAGGCAACAACGUAAGCAUAAUAAGCAGACAGUGUAUAAUACAUUCAAAGAUGACGUGUUAUAGUAUUUGAUACGUAAUGUUUAUAUAAAUGGUAAACGAAAUGCUAUUGCAAUUUUCCAUUUCGCAAAAAUCGCCAGUUAAUUAGAAUAUUAAAAUCCAAAACACCACGAAACUAAUAAAAUAGCCUGACUUUUGCUGAUUGUAUUCUACUAAACUGACCAGACAGAGUUGAGAAAGCAUAAACAUUUUGAGAUUUAGUUCUAAUACAAAUGAGACUUUAAUCCACAAAAAAUCGAAAAACACAAUUUACUUUACAUGGAUUGGUUGAUUAACAAAUACAAUCUUUAUUGUAAGGUAAACAAUAAACCGAGCUCUGAAACCGAAUGUGAUAAAUGUUUAACAAGACCAUUAACGACCCAACAGUAAGCACAACCCAUUUAUGCAUUUGAUAGCUUCGGAUUUAUUAAUCUGAUCUAAAACUUAUUUUUAACAUAUUGCGUUGAACCCCAGCAACAACUGUCUGGUCAGUGGUUGUCGAAGUCUUCGUGUUUCAGUCUUUUAAGUAAGUCGAUUCAUCAGAAGAUCGUCUAUCAAUUGUUGAAUUAAUCAUAUCUACUGCUGGUUUAAACAAAAGGGAUGCACUUGUGAUAAGUUGUUAUACAAUUGACGUGUAUCCUUCAUCUGAUUUUUAUAGAAUAUUAUUUUGUAAUUGAGACUAAAGAUGAGUACAAAGCACUUUUAGCAAAAAUCGAAAAAAACUGACCUCAAUUACAAGAGAGGCGAAAGAUACCCAAGGAUAUUGAAUAAGUCAAGAGCAAAAAAACGAAAAAUGAUCAUACGACAAACAACCAUACACGAAACACAACAUAGAAAACAACAGACUGAGCAACACGAACCCCAUCAAAAACCGGAAAGAUAUCUGGUGCUCCGGAAGGGUUUGCAGAUAAAGCUCUACAUGACAACAACGCUUGCAAAACCUUUAUACUAUUCCUCUGAUCAUUUGUGUUCAUUCAAAUGUUUAAAUCAGAGUUAACAUCUUUAAUGAGUUUGAUUGAUACCCAGAUAUCUGUAGUAAAUAUCUAACAUAUGUAUUUAAUUUAUAACCAGUGAUAAAGUGAUUUAUAGUGAUAAAAUGUCAGCAUUUUGUAUUUUGUAACAAAGUGGUACAUAAAAGUUAUUUUAGUCAUGAUGUACAUAUAUUUAUUGAUAAACUGCUUUGUUGAUUUAUGAGUUCUAACAUUUGAAGUUAGUUCAUAGCACAUUUUGUUUUGUUUUGUAUUUUUAUUGCUGUAACUCCUAUAUUUGUGUAUUGUCUUUAAUGCCAUCCUCUAUUUUGUUAAGAUUUCGUAAUUUAAAAAUAUGUAAAUUCGGAAGAUUUCAACAAAAGUGUUUUGCCUGUUCUGGUUGGGAUAAAUUUAGUCAAAUAGUGAAUGUUGUUUAUUUGCAUAUACCUGAAUAGGUAACUGCAAAACAACAAAUCAAACAUAAUAAGCACCAACAAAUUUUAUAAUUAAAGAGAGACAAAUGAUGUCUAUACGAUUAACGGGACGUUAACUUCUUAGUCUCUUUUUAACUAGUUAAAGAGCUUAAAAAUAAUACACUGAAAAUGAUGAAAUUUAAAAAUAAUACUUUUUUCGAAACGGACCUGGUAAGAAAUUAGAUCUCUAAACGUUUCAUUAGCUCUUUCAAUAGUCUUCUGAUUUUUGUUUUAUUACAGAAACAAAGGUUCAUGAACUUUUCAUGACCAUAUACGAUUUUGGUGAGUUGUAUACCCGUUUUGAUCUCUUAGUUGUUUAUAAAAAGUAUGCUUUUAAUGUUAAAGCUCCGACUUUUCUUCGCGAAGUUACAUCUCAAAACCGUUAGGAACGUAUCAUAGUAUAUGUUCAUAUAAAAUAUGUUUUGAUCGAAAUAAGAAAAAACAUUUUUGUACUAAGUCAGGAAAAUGGCCAUUGUUAUAUUAUAGUUCGUUUCUGUGUGUGUUACAUUUUAAUGUUGUGUUUUUGUUGUGUCGUUGUUCUCCUCUUAUAUUUGAUGCGUUUCCCUCAGUUUUAGUUUGUAACCCGGAUUUGUUUUUAUCUCUAUCAAUUUAUGAGUUUCGAACAGCGGUAUACUACUGUUGCCUUUAUUUAAGCAUUUAAAAAAUAUUACUAGAUAUACAGUUGUGAGUUUUUUCUUUACUUGGUUUUUAAUUGGAGAAUACUUGAAUAUACUGCAUUAUUUCAUAAAUCAUCGUUGUUUUCGCUGAAAUAAAGAUGAUUAUACGUGUUAUAUUUGAAGACCUGUCAAUUCAUUAUUUUUGCUUUGUUACUAAUAAAGUAUUUCGUUCAA